AUGGGUAUCGACUUGGACCGGCACCAUGUGCGCAGCAGCCACCGCAAGGCUCCUAAGAGCGAGAACGUUUACUUGCAGGUGCUCGUGAAGCUCUACCGCUUCCUUGCUCGCCGCACCGAGUCCAACUUCAACAAGGCGGUUCUCCGUCGUCUCUUCAUGUCUCGCAUUAACCGUCCCCCCGUGUCGAUCUCGCGUGUCGCCUCGAACAUCAACGAGACUCAGAAGGGCAAGACCGUUGUUGUCAUUGGUACCGUCACCGAUGACAACCGCCUUCUGUCCGUCCCCAAGCUGUCCAUCGCUGCUCUGCGCUUCACCGCUACCGCCCGUGCCCGCAUCGAGAAGGCCGGUGGUGAGGUCCUGACUCUGGACCAGCUCGCCCUGCGCGCCCCUACCGGUGCUAACACCCUUCUCCUGCGUGGCCCUAAGAACGCCCGCGAGGCUGUUAAGCACUUCGGUUUCGGUCCCCACUCCCACAAGAAGCCCUACGUUGCCAGCAAGGGCCGGAAGUUCGAGCGUGCCCGUGGUCGCAGACGCUCCAAGGGUUUCAAGGUCUAA